AUGGGAAUCCAAAAGAGUUUUUCAGAAUAUUAUGGCGAGACUGAGUUCACAGAUAAAACCAAAAACGAAACUAUAUCUGAAAAAGGCAACUAUUACAUUCACAAUGCAAUAUUUUCUUUCCAUUAUCAAAAAGCGGCGAUUUACCUUAUUACAGACAACAAAGUAUUAAUAGAAACAUGCACAUUUUACAAUAACAGCUCCAAAUAUUAUGGUGGAUCAUUCUUUAUCGAAAACUCUGAAUGUGUCUUAAUUCAUCUUUGUAUAUUACUUUCAAAUAACACAAAUUUUGGAUGUGGAUAUUGUAUUAAAUCAUAUUCUAAACCUAACUACAAAAGUUAUGCGUUUGAAUGUUCAGUUUCGCAAUGCAGUGGAGAAGGUGCUCCACUUUAUCAUACAGGUGGAGAUAUCCAAGUGAGUAAUAUGAAUACAUCUAAUCAUAGAAUUACUAAAUAUGCUGCAUAUUCAAUAGUGAGUUCAAAAGGAGUAGGAAUUAUUAAUUUCACAACAGCCUCAAAUGCAUCAUCAAUAAAAAAUGGUGCAAUUUGUAAUGGUGAUGGAUUAAAUAUUACAAGAACUAAUUAUUUAAAUAAUGAAUAUAACGGAAGUUAUAAUGCAAUAAUUUAUGUUGAUACAGUAUUUUAUUCAAACUGUUCAUUCAUAGGAAAUAAAGGAAACUAUUUAUUUGAUAAAAAACCAAAAGCUGUUGAAAAUUGUUACUUUAAUGAUAACAAUGUCACUCAAAUUGUAAGAAGUUAUCAAAUUACUUAUGAAUCAAUCCAACCAUUAGAUUCAUUAAUAAUUCAUUAUACAACAGAUAAAUGUUCUGUUACAUAUUUUUAUCCUCAAAAACAAACAAAUAUUGGAGGAGUUAUGUCAUUAAAGAGCCUAAAAAUAUUGAAUCGAAGACGUUAA